AUGCCUGUAGCUCUCGGUCUUGAUUUAGGAGACACUCCUGUAAAUUCAAGUGUGAUUUCUAAGGCAGACAUCAAAAGACGUAGCGAGCUAGAAACAAAAUUAAAAGAAGUGAGGAACAAAAAGAAGAAAAAAUCCGAUCAUGCCGAUACCAAUAACAUGGAAUUUAAUAAAUGUGAUUCGGAACCAGGCAACGUUAAUCUUAAUUUAAAAGCGAAAGGGCUUAGCGCUAUUGGUGACGCCGAAGUUUCAUUGAAAUUCGGAAAUUCUGGUAAAGCUACAUUGAAUUUGGAUGCGAAUGGAAUUUCUAAUGUGGGUAAAGCUCGUUUAGAUCUCGGUGUGGAUGACGGAGAUCUUUAUAUCCCGGGACUUAGUAAUUUGUUCGUUGGAAAGUCUCUCAGCAACUGUACGAAUCGUAGUCAGAAGAAGGACACAGAAUCAGAAAAAAUAGGCAGUGAAGUUAUAAACAAUCGCAAAAGUGGAUCUGACACUGGAAACGGAACAGACUCAAAUGUUAAUAAUACGGAUAGUUCUAAUUUAAAAGCCGAUGAUAACGAAAAAACAUCUGGUAAUGCUACUUCGUUUGAUGCUAAUAGCACCGUUAGUAGUAAUGGGCUUGAUAAAGCAAAUGUCACAUUAGUGGCGCCACUGACGGCAGUAUCAAAUAGUAAUGAUGUGUCAAACCCAACUACAGUUCAGGCGUGA